CAAAGACAAGAACUCAGUAAACACCCAACUCCAGCAAAUUAGCAGGAAAAAAGCAUCGUGUGCCGCUAGAUUAAGCUAACAUAUUUAACGUUGAUGUGUGACAAUUGAUGUUGAAAGCAAUCAGGAAUGAUGAGUGAAUUUAAAUUACAUCAUCUAAUAAUGCAGUUGAUUGAAUUACUGGGCUCGGAAUCUGCUCCAGAGAGACAUUUGGAGAAACUACAAAAGGAAAACUUGACAACGAAUGUGCUAAAUAUUGUUGCACCUCACAGCUGUAUUCAAUAUCUUGCUAAGAUUUCAUCUCAACCGGAAUUAUUUAUACAGAAAUAUGAGGAACUAAAGUCGAAAAAAAUAGAUUUAUUAGGUCCAUUUGUACAGACUUUGGAAUUAAUAUCUCAAGACGAAGAAUUAAAAAGAUAUCUAUCACAAUCUAUAUCAAAAGCAGCAGCUAGUUCCCUGAGGGAUCCAACUAUUACACAGGAAGAUUUGCCAAAGAUUUGCAAGACUGUAAUUAAAGCUGCCGUGGAAGGAGGAAAAAAAUUAAAUCAGCAAGUUUGUUUAAAUAGUAAAAAAAAUGACAUUGUUUUAGUAAAGCAUAAUUGGAUUGUAGAACGUCCACGUAUAACUUGGGAUUUUCAUAGCGAUACUACUGUGGCACUUUAUCAAAAGGUUGUACCAAUUGUAUCUCAGGAAUGUAUACUUCUUUGGGAUAUCUUGUAUUGUUUAAAAGGAAUAGAUGGCUCAUAUAUUGUUUCGGAACCAUUAACAAAUCCAUAUGGUGUUAAAACAUUCAGUAUAUUACCAGAUGUUGGUAUAUCAUUUAAACAAUUAGCACAGCAAAUAUUACCUUUAGCUUCUUAUUAUUCCAUGACAAUGAGAUUCGUUGAGGAGAAAGUUUUACCAGAUGAUGGACAAGUCAAUCAUGCUUUGAGAGGAGCUAUACGAUCUCUGUUAAAAGAUUACUUGCUCUUUAUUGUGCAACUGGAAACAGAACAUAUUCAUGGUAAAUUAAGUUUGCAGAAACUAUGGUUUUAUAUUCAGCCUACUAUGCUUACAAUGUCUAUACUUUCUCAAAUUACAUCUACAAUAUGCAAGGCAAAUGCUAGAGGAGGCAAAGUAUUGAGCCUGCUGCAUGAACAAACAUUAAAUAAUAUCAGUGGUGAAACAAAGUGUAAAGAAUUAUGUUUAUAUCUGAUGGAAGCAGCAAGUAUACCAUAUAUGCAAAUUUUAGAAAAAUGGGUUUACAAAGGAGUGAUAUGUGAUCCAUAUCAGGAAUUUUUUGUAGAAGAUAACGAGUUGAUUCAAAGGGAAGAACUUCCUGUAGAUUAUUCUGCGGAUUAUUGGGAAAAACGAUACACUAUGCGAUUAGAAAGGAUACCUGUAUUUUUAAACGAACAUGCACAAACUAUACUCAGAACAGGAAAAUAUUUUAAUGUGAUUAGGCAGUGUGGCAAAAUAAUACAAUGGGAAAAACAAGAACCAUUAAGUUAUCAGUAUCAAGGACAAAAAUAUAUAGCUGCUAUUGAUAGAGCAUAUUCAGAAGCUGCUAGAAAAUUACUAGAGGUAUUGAUGAAGGAAAAUGAUUUAAUGGGUAGACUACGUAGUGUCAAGAGUUACUUUCUUCUUGCUCAAGGAGAUUUUGUGGUCCAAUUUAUGAACUUGUGCGAGGCCGAAUUGAGCAAGAGCAUGUAUGAUAUUGUAUUACAUCGUUUAGCAUCUCUUCUCGAAGUUGCCUUACGAAUGUCUACUGCAGAUUCAGAUCCUUAUAAAGAUGAUUUGAAACCGGAAUUGCUUCCAUAUGAUUUACAAUAUCAAAUGUUUAGAAUACUUUCCAUUCAAACUAGAGACGAGAAAGAAUACUGUUUCCAAGCAGGUAAAAUUUUGACUGGUUUAGAAGCUUUUGUCUUCAAUUAUGAUGUUAAAUGGCCAGUUUCUUUAAUUAUUAAUAGGAAGGCUAUAGCUUGUUAUCAAAUGUUAUUUAGGCAUUUAUUUUACUGCAAAUAUGUUGAGAGACUCUUGUGCAGAAUAUGGGUCAGUAAUAAAAUAGCAAAGACUUUUACACAUGAAGUGGCUAUGACUUACAGACAAGCAUUUUCAUUACGACAGAGAAUGCUUGAUUGUAUACAACAUCUAGAAUAUUACAUGAUGGUAGAAGUUGUGGAACCAAAUUGGUUAAAAUUUAUAAACAAGAUGAGCAAGGUUAGUAAUGUUGAUGACGUACUAAGUGUGCAUCAAGAUUUGCAAGAUUGUUACCUGAAAGAAUGUAUGUUAACGGAUCCUGAUCUUCUCGGUUGCAUCACUGGUAUAUGCGUUAUUUGCAUAGAAUUCUGCAGUUUUAUGCAGCAUAUGAGCUGUUACUACAUUGAUGCUGAAUUAACAUCCAUGAUUGGUGCCUGUCAGGAAGAUGUCUAUCAUUAUGAGAUUGAAAAUAGUUCUGUGGCGAAAGAUGGAACAGGAAGCUUUGAGGAAAUAAUUAUAUCAUUAGAUAAGAAAUUUACUAAAGUAUUAAUACGACUAUUAGAUCGAAUCUGUGAUUUGGGUUGUGAUAAUAACAAUGAAAAACUACUUAAUGUGCUAUGUCGGCUUGACUUCAAUAUGUUUUACACUGAUAUACUGGUACGUCGAGGGAGAGAGAAGUCUGUCACACAACAAGAUGUAUCUGGCUAAUUCCUGAUUUGUGCACAUAUAGAGACGCAUGUCCGCACGCCAUACACACAUAUAUUAUAUGCACACGACAUAUGAGAGAAAAUAAUAAAUUUUAGCAGAAUAUUAUAAUUAUCUACUAUAAUAAUUAUCUUUCAUUUAUAUACAUUUUAUUUAAGUAUGUAAUGUAUGACACGCUCAAAUUAUCCCUCCGUAAUUAGAUUCUCCGGAAUCCCCCACUGUCGGCAGAUUUGCAUAGAGUAACCAGCGCGAAACUUCACGUGAACAACGCGUGUAUCAUAAUAGUCCGCGCGUUGGGCUACCGACGUAUCACCGAAUGUAUCCGCGGAAUCGAGCCCAUUUGGCGAAUCUCGCAAAUCUCUCGGCAGAAUUAUCCCCGGCAGAGUCAGCCCCAAAAUCCGAGUUCGGUCAACCUGUUAGGGCCGUAACACACAACAAAACUUAAGCAGUAAGCGAAUUAGUCAAUCACAGUCGAGAACGUAAGGCAGUAACAUAAACAGUAGCAAAUCCACAACGUUGAUUUCCUUACUGCUUAAGUUUUAUUACUUAAGUUUUUUUGUGUGCCCCGACCCUUACCCGAUUUUUCCCGAUUUACGGCCGAUUCGAGUAUAUUAACUGACUCCGACAGGUGAUUUUGGCUUGUUCUCGGCGAGACAACAAUCAGUCCAAUGCUGAUCUGGAUGAGUACUUGUCCAGUAAGCGAUUCCAAGACAUUACCUAGAAAGUCAGGAGCUUCUGGCGGAUCGCUCCCAUCCCCAAGCACGCAAACUUUCUCUCAAACUAAGGCGCUUCUUAGCUUGGCCCCCGAAGUAGGCCGUUGCGUGCAAGAUCCGUCGCUGUUGGUGAUAGAGCAGGGAGCUCCCCGUUUCCAAGCCGCAGCAAAGUCUAAGUCCUAUUCCAGCCCGAAAAUCCGUUCGAAAAAACUGUCACGAGACUUUGAUAAUUAAUAGCUGAUCGGCAAACGCGAUUAAGCUACAUGCGACGAAAUCCCCUCGCGCGCCCACGAUCGCGACGCGUCGAAUUUUCGGAAAGCUGCGAGUCGAGCUAUUGUACGAUUCCCGAAAUUCGCGAGAAUUUUCGACGAACAACGAUCGAGAUUCCAAGAACGAGAACCGAAAUCAUAUUUAAACAUGUAUAUAUUGUAAAUAACAACCAAAACUAAAAGAUUGUAAAAACCAGUCAGUAGUUGUAAAUAGUUUCUAAUCUUUAUAUAUACUUGUACAUAUAUCUAAACUCUCUUCAUAUUACAUAUUAUCACAUAGUACAUAUUAUCUAAA